GGGGCGCCUUUUGAAGGUUGCUGUUCAUGGUGCUGAAUACCGUCGCGAGCUGCGGGAAAGGAGCCGAACACAACAUUGGUCAACGUCUGCACUCCAUUCGCGCACUAUUUCUUAUCUAGGAUAGUUUUUUAUUUUUGUCUCAGCAGAUACCGUUUGAGAACUGACAAUGAACAUGCAGUUUUAGCAAGGUGUGCGAUGGAUUAGUACAGCGUCAUGGAUUCGCCGUGUUCCAUCAUCCUUGCUGUUUUGGCUCUGUGCCUCUUCCAUUCUACCACUAUUUCCGCCAACAGGAAAUAUGGUUGCCUGUUUGAGGAUGAACUCUGCACACCGUACGAGUUUUGCACCAACGAUGGAGUGUUUGGAAGGUGUCAGGAGCUACCAGGGGAAGAUCUCUACACAUAUAACGUCUCCCCCUUGGCUCUCCAGCGCCUCAGGACACUCCUACAGAAACUGGCUCACCAAGGGUUGACCUGGCAGGAUGAUGUCACCCAGCGGGUCAUCUCCAGAGAGUUGUCCAGGCUGCGCAAGGUUCCCCUCCGCCGGCCUUCCCCGCCCAUGUCUCCCCCGGCUCACUACCAUGACAGAACGCUGAGGCCAGGCGAGGCGGAGCUCGGCCGGAAGCUCCAGCAACACCUGAAGGACAUGGGCUUCCUCCCCCAGGCUGUGGGGACCACUGGGACCACUCGUCUGGGGGUCCAACGAGAAAGGCCCCUCACACAGGACUUUCAGAAUGAUGGCCAUGUGGGGGACGCCCAGCCCAAGUCACAGGGUUGGGGAAAGACCACCUUCUACAGCCUUCAGCCCCAGGGUCUUAAAGCCCUUAUCCAGGGCAAGACUAGCAAGAUCCCCCCAGUGGCAGCAGCCUACUCCAGUACACAUCCAGGCAAGGCCAGGCCCCGACUCCUGGCCUCCCAGCUGGAAAGUUACCUCUCUAGGCUUCCCACCAGCCAGAACCGCCCUGGAUCACCAGAGGAAAAGCCCAAGGCGAAGGUCCACUACUUCAGCUACGUCAGCCAUCCUCCCAGCGAGGGGGAAACCAAGGGUGGAUCUCAACCUCCCAAGCCCAAGAUAGAAAAACUGAUCUUUAAGUCUGGAUCAAACCGCCCUGUGUCCAAGCAGCCCCUCAGUCCCACGGAUGAGCGUUUCAUCCAGAACGUGGUCAACCAGCUGGGGAGACACAGCAUCAACAUGGGCACCCUCAGGCGGCCCAACCUGGACCAGCUGGCUGAUGUCAUCGCCGGGGCCCUGCAGGGGGUGGACGGGCAGGGUCCAAAGCCCAGGACCGGACCGGAGGCCAAGAGAGAACCACUGGACACUGUGGACCAGGAUCUGGACCAGGACCACAGCCAGGAUGGAGAUACGAUUCAACAAGACAUGUUGGAGAGAGACGCAACACGUCAAGGGCAACCAAUUGGUGAUGUGGACAAAGAGCCAGACAUGAAGGAUACAGCUUUCCUCAGCAAGCUCCUGGACUACCUGGACCUGGACCCCUUCAGGGAUGCACCAGGCAGCCCAGCGCAGCCCAGCAGGGUCGCUCCGGGGGUUGUCCCCCAGAGGACGGUUGGCCUGGAGAACGUUCAGAGCCGGACCACCCAGGGUCAGGUACCUAUUCCUCACCCCUGGGAGGAGAGGAACGUGGCUGAAUCCCGGACGGACGAGAGGGGGGACCUGGGCGGCCCUCUGGAGGUGGUGGGGGCGGCGGUGGUGGUGGACACUGAGGAGGAGAGGUGGGUCCCUGUGACGGAGACCACCCCAACCCAGGCCCGGGUGGAGCCCCAGAAGAAGGAUAUGAAGGUGCAGGAGGAGGUGGUCCACCUUGGGGUGAAGGCCUUCUCCACCAAGGGGAAGGACAGUAGCGACUUUGGCUACAUUAUCACAGACUCAGACUCCCUUCCCAACGACCAGGGCUUGGACCUGAUGGAGCGACUGGCUCGACGCCUCAACCUCCGCCUCACGGAUCUCCAACAGCUCUCGGUGCUGGGUCCGGCCGUGACCUUCAGAGUGGGGCCCAACCCUCACAAUGUGAGCACUGCAGACAUGGCCCACGUCGCAGCCCAGCAGAAGCAGCAGCUGGAGAAGGAAGCGAGUCUGAAGAUCCUGGAGUCUGGAGUCAGUGAUAGGGGCAGUCUGACCCAGAUCCCUGUGGUGAAGGAGACCAGGGUGGAGUCAGGCCAGUUCCUGGUCCUCAGCGUCCUCUCCAUGCUCUUCAUCCUGGGCGUGCUGGUCUCCUCUGGAGCCCUCUUCUUCCUCCGUCAGCGCUCCCACCUCCAAAUGAAGGAGAAGCUGGUCAGCCUUGGGACUGACACCGGCGCCGAUGCCACCGCAACCUAUCAGGAGCUCUGUCGCCAGCGCAUGGCGGUGCGGACCUCAGAGCGCGUGGAGCGCUCGGAGACGCGCCUGGAGACGCGGCGUCACUCGCGCCUCAACAGCUUGUCGUCCCAGUUCAGCGACGGGCCGGCCGGCAGCCCCUCGGCCCGCAGCAGCACCUCCUCCUGGUGCGAGGAGCCCGUCCCCUCCAACAUGGACAUAUCCACCGGUCACAUGAUCCUGUCGUACAUGGAGGACCACUUGAAGAACAAGAACCGUCUGGAGAGGGAGUGGGAGGCACUGUGCAGCUACCAGGCCGAGCCCAGCACCUGUGACGUGGGAAAGGGCGAGCAGAACGACAAGAGGAACCGCUCGGACGCCGUGAUCGUGUAUGAUCACUCCCGGAUCACCUUGAAGGCAGAGAAUAACCACGGCAAUUCUGAUUACAUCAACGCCAGCCCAAUAAUGGACCACGAUCCACGCAACCCCAACUACAUCUCCUCUCAAGGCCCACUACCCUCUACAGUAGCAGACUUCUGGCAGAUGGUGUGGGAGAACGGAUGUGUGGUCAUCGUCAUGCUGACGCCCCUGUCAGAGAAUGGGGUCAAACAGUGUCACCACUACUGGCCGGACGAGGGCUCCGACAUCUACCACAUCUAUGAGGUCAACCUGGUGUCAGAACACAUCUGGUGUGAGGACUUCCUGGUCAGGAGCUUCUACCUGAAGAACCUACAGACCAAUGAGACCCGCACCGUCACCCAGUUCCACUUUCUGUCCUGGGUGGAGCGUGGCAUCCCCGACUCGGCCAGAACCCUCCUGGACUUCCGCAGAAAGGUUAACAAGUGCUACCGGGGUCGCUCUUGUCCUAUCAUUGUCCACUGCAGGCAAGUAUGCUUUCAACAACAAGCUGUGUGACAAGAAAAUGAUGAACAGCAGUGUAGACUGCAAUGCUGAGGUGUUUAUCGUUUUACACAGUUAGCAUUCAGCAGUGAUUCCCUUUUGUAUUUCCACUACAAAUAAAUGAUGGUAUUCUAAUGAAGUUAUUAUGAAGCGAUGCUAGCAAAUUUACACAGAUAGUUUUUUGCCAAGCUUAUGAUGACAAGGCUCCAUCAAACCCUAGUCUGACAGGGCUGUGAAUAAUAGCCACCUCUUGACUAGUUAUGUGUUGGGUUAGUGUGGCCGGCCCUACCCCCAUGGUGGUUUUAAUGAAACUCUGGAGCUCAGAAUAGCUCUCCUGUUUUUAUUGCCUAAAGCCCUUUAUUACAGUGCCUGUGCGAUGCCUUGUUUGCAAUUAGCAUGCAGCCCUGUUGAAUGCGUAGCUCGCACAAAGAGAGGCUUUUCACAAGGC